GGUGGCCGACGGCAGCCUGAAGAAGGCGCUGUCUGCAUAUGGCGUAUCUUCGAGCUGCAACCCGCUCAAGGUGCGGGUUCGGCGUGACUACGCGCUUUUGACCAAUGCCGAGAAGCUCGAAUAUACACGAGCGGUCAAAUGUCUGAUGGAUGCCCCUUCCAAGAUCCCCGAAGGCGUCGCUCCUGGUGCUAAGUCCCGCUACGACGACUUUGUCGCCGUCCACAUCAACCAGACCAAGACUAUCCACUUUACCGGCAACUUCCUGACGUGGCACCGGUACUACAUCCACGCGUUUGAGACGGCGCUGCGCGACGAGUGCCGCUUCACGGGCACGCUGCCGUACUGGAACUGGGCCAAGUCGGCGCAGGACCCGCUGGGCUCGCCGUACAUGGACGGCUCGGCGUACUCGCAGGGCGGCAACGGCGUGUGGGAGCCGCACGUGUGCACGCGGCCGGGCAACAUCAACGCGCCGUGCAUCUCGCCGGUGGUCGAGGGCCGCGGGGGCGGGUGCGUCGCCUCGGGCCCCUAUGUCAAGUACAAGGCCAACCUGUCGUCCGUCGACGUCUGGUUUAACUACCCAAACAUCAAGUCGGGCCCCCUGAUGAGCUAUGCGCCGCGCUGCAUGCGCCGCGAUAUCCUGCCCGAGUACACGCAGGCCCGGGCCACCGAGCAGCACUUGCUCAACUACUUCACCAACAGCACCCUCGGCAACCUCGAGGCCUGGCAGGCAGAGCUGCAGGGCGGGACAGGCCUGCACUCGGUCGGCCAUUUCAGUUUUGGCGGCGAUCCCGGCGGUGAUAUUUAUACCAGCCCAAAUGAUCCUCUCUUCUGGUUGCAUCAUGGCAUGGUGGAUCGUGCCUGGUGGAUGUGGCAGAACCAGAAGCCCCCGGCAGAGCGUCAUUUUCAAAUCGCGGCAACCCGGACGAUGCGCAACAACCCGCCCUCGGACAACGCCACGCUCGACGACAUUAUCGACCUGUCCUGGGUCACGCCGCAAAAGGGCGGCGUCAGGUCGGCCAUCAAGAACCACGUCAGCACGGUUGCCGGGCCUUACUGCUAUGUGUACAUGUAAGAAGGAGUGGUUGAUUUCCCGGAGCGACUAUGGGGGCAUACAAUGCCGAGCCGAUGCGGAGUUGGUGCACGCGAGACGGGGUGUGCAUGUAAUGGCGGCUGUGUUUGAGAUGUUAUAGUUAGAGCUUUAGAAUUAUAUACCAGCAUAUGGUGUGCAUCGGU